AAAGACGGCGUCGAAUACCCACCUCGAUCCCUAUACCUUAUUACCUGUGGAUUAUUGCGCCAUCUUAAGGACAAAAAUGUCUUUGACAAAAACAUCUUGGACAACAAUGACUGUAGAUUUAGUGAGUUCCGGAAAAUUCUCGAUAGCAAGAUGAAAGACCUCUUGAAGCGCGGUUUUGGAACAUCGAUAAAGCAAGCGGAGCCCAUCAUGCCGCAGGAUGAAGAAAGCAUGUGGAACAAAGGAAUAUUCGGCGAUAAAGAUUCAGAAACUCUUCAGCAUACCAUGUUCUAUUACAACUGCAAACUCUUUGGUUUACGUGGACAUGACGAACACCACGAACUUGAGUGUAGUCAGUUUGUUCUUGGGACUGACAACUCCGGAAAAUAUGUAGAAUUCAUCGGGCGUGCCAGCAAGACGUACAAGGGCGGUUUGGCGCAAAUGCAGCUACCAAAUAAGUGCAUACGACAUCACAGUUCAGCUGGUGAGCGUUGUAUCGCAGACUACUAUAAAAUGUAUUUGGAUGGUCUGGAUAAUGGGGGGUCAUUCUAUCGACGCCCGUUGCAAGGAAGCCCGCCAAAAUAUGGAAACCAACUCGUCGGUGUGAACAAACUGAAAUCAAUGAUGAAAGUGAUCUGCAAAAAGGCUGGAUUGGAGGGAAAUUACAGUAACCACUCCGAUAAACGCACCUGCGCAACACAAUUAUACAUGGCAGGGGUGGACGAACAAGAGAUAAUGAGGAGGACGGGUCAUCGCUCAGAAAAGGCAGUAAGAAAAUACAAACAACCGUGCGACGAUAUUCUUAAGAAGGUGUCUGCAGUAUUGGAACCUAUUCCUGGGGUGGCAAAAUCCUUGGAGAAAAGAAAGCGCGAGGACGACAUGGAAACUAAUACCGACCUGCCGUGUCGUCCAACAAAAACAUUACGCUCCUUUGGUUCUGACAUAACUAAUGCCAAAAAUGGACAGUACUUUCAAAAGUGUAAUAUUUCUUUCAAUUUUUGAAUAGUCUGAGAAAUUGUGCAUUCUCUUAAUUUCUAAA